ACUAAUCAUGUAUAUUUUGUUUUUGUUUUGAAUAAACUCAUGUAUAUUUACUUUGGUUCGAACCUCAGUUGGGCAAAUGAAAUAAAAGUCCAAGGCUUGAAAAUGAACGCAAUUGAUGGUUGUUGGAGAUGGAACCCUAAUUGGAGAAGCAACCGCCCACAACUCGCAAUGUGUUCCGUAGGAUUUGCUGGGAAAAUGAGUAACAACAUAGGAAAACAUGUUGUAAACUAUGAAGUUACAGACCCUAGUGACAAUGCCUUAAAUCCUCAACCAGGGACUUUGAGAUAUGGGGCUACUGUGAUCAAAGGCAAAAAAUGGAUCACAUUCAAGAGGGACAUGAAAAUUAAGCUCGAUAAACCGUUGCUAAUUAGUAGUUUCACUGCAAUUGAUGGAAGAGGUGCAAAUGUACACAUAGCAGGUAACGCGUGCUUGAGAGUGUUCAGAGCAACCGAUGUAAUCAUCCAUGGCCUUCGAAUCCACCACUGCAAGUCACAGCCACCAAGCACAGUCAUAGGUCCGGACGGACUAGUUUCUCUAGGUGAGGUGGACGGAGACGCAAUAAGAUUGGUUACAGCAUCAAAGGUUUGGAUAGACCACAAUACACUGUACGAGAGUGAAGAUGGUCUUCUCGAUGUCACUCGUGGAUCGACCGAUGUUACCAUCUCAAACAAUUGGUUCAGAGACCAGGACAAGGUAAUGCUUCUCGGACACGACGAUGGCUUCAUCCGGGACAAGAACAUGAAAGUGACAGUAGUGUAUAACCAUUUUGGACCACGUUGCAACCAAAGAAUGCCAAGGAUUCGCCAUGGAUAUGCACAUGUCGUAAACAACUUGUACCAGGAAUGGACGAAAUAUGCAAUUGGGGGAAGCAUGAAUCCUAGUGUUAAAAGCGAAGCCAACGUCUUUAUUGCAUCACAGCAAAACAAAGAGAUCACCUGGAGGAAUGACAUUGUUAACUAUUCCUGGAAAUUUUACUCCAAAGGCGACAUUUUUGAAAAUGGAGCUUCUUUUAUUCAAACAGGUAAAGGUGGAGCCAAACCACACUAUAACAAGGAACAAACUUUCCAAGUUGUCGAUGCCAAAUCUGUUCGGUCAUUGACGAGGGCUUCAGGUGCUCUAACAUGCACUAAACAGUCUAGAUGCUAA